AAGCUCAGCAAGGCUACUUGGGUUAUCUAAGCUCUUCAAUAAUGCUACAUAGCAGUUUGCUCAAAAAGGGCAACAUAGCAACUUUUAUCAAGAUACCAUGCCAGCACUUCUCAUGCUCUUGCUGUUGAUCCUGCACGGCGCGUUCGUCUCAUCGGCUGACGAUGGCCAGUUCGCCUACCAAGGCUUCGCGGCAGCGAACCUUUCGUUGGAUGGUCUCGCCGCCGUCAUGCCCAACGGCCUCCUCGCCCUCACCAACUUCACUUCCCAGAAAAAAAGCCACGCCUUCAACCCCACCCCGCUCCACUUCCUCAACAAGACGAUGAACUCGACUGCCGUCAUGUCCCGGUCCUUCUCCACAUCCUUCGUCUUCGCCAUUGUGUCCAGCUACGACGGCCUGAGUGACCACGGCCUCGCCUUCGUGGUCGCCCCGACCACGAACCUGGCGACCGCAAGAGCCGGGCAGUUCCUGGGACUCCUCAACGCGACGAACGGCACCGCAAGCGACCACAUAUUGGCGGUCGAGCUCGACACCAUCAUGGACCCUGAAUUCCGUGACAUCAACAGCAACCACGUGGGCAUCGACAUCAACAGCCUCAUGUCGCGGCAGGCUAGGCCGGCCGGCUAUUACGGCGAUGACGGCGUCUUCCGAAACCUGAAGCUGAAUAGCCACAAGCCGAUGCAGGUGUGGGUGGACUAUGACGGCCAGGCUGGGCAGCUCAAUGUUACUUUAGCUCCUGUGGAAGAGCCAAAACCCAGGACUCCUCUCAUCUCUGAAGCCAUUGACCUCUCCACCGUCCUGGCCGAUACAAUGUAUGUUGGCUUUUCAUCGGCAACAGGAGUGGUGAAGACACAACACUACGUGCUUGGAUGGAGCUUCAGCUUCGACGGACCUGCCCCGCUGCUUGACUUCUCUAAGCUUCCCAUGCUGCCACGUGUGGGUCCGAAGCCUCGGUCCAAGGUCUUGGAAGUGGUGCUACCACUAGCCACGGCAUUGCUCAUUGCUGCUGUGCUAGCUGCGGUGUCGUUCUUCGUGUGGCAGCGGCGGCGGUUUGCUGAGGUGCGUGAAGAUUGGGAGGACGAGUUCGGCCCGCAUCGAUUCGCAUACAAAGAUCUUUUUCGUGCCACCGAUGGAUUCAAGAAUAGGAAUUUACUUGGUGUUGGAGGGUUUGGAAGAGUUUACAAAGGGGUUCUUCCUGCGUCCAAUUUGGAGAUCGCGGUGAAGAGGGUGUCACAUGACUCAAGGCAAGGAGUGAAGGAAUUCAUUGCCGAAGUGGUGAGCAUUGGUCGUCUCCGCCACCGGAAUCUUGCCCAGCUACUAGGGUAUUGUCGGCGCAACCGUGAACUUCUCUUGGUCUAUGACUACAUGGAAAAUGGUAGCCUCGACAAGUACCUGUACAAUAAAAACGGGUUAGCUCUACAUUGGCCUCAAAGGUAUUGGAUCAUCAAAGGUGUUGCAUCAAGCUUACUGUAUCUACACGAGGAGUGGGAGCAGGUCGUCAUUCAUCGAGACAUAAAGGCAAGCAAUGUGCUCUUGGAUAGGCAGAUGAAUGGACGGCUAGGUGAUUUUGGCCUAGCAAGGUUAUACGACCAUGGCACGGAUGAUCAAACAACACAUGUGGUUGGCACCAUGGGAUACCUCGCACCAGAACUUGUGCGCACCGGCAAGGCAACACCAUCGACCGACGUAUUCGCAUUCGGCGUUUUUCUCCUGGAGGUUGUCUGUGGACGCAGGCCAAUCGAGAGGGGCGAGCAGAGCAACAGGGUGAUACUUGUCGACUGGGUUCUUGAGCACCACCGCAACGGCUCAAUAACUGACACGGUGGAUCCGCGUUUCAUGGGGAAAUUCAGCACGGAAGAGGUCACGCUCGUGCUCAAGCUCGGUUUGUUGUGCGCACACCCAUCUCCCAACGUGAGGCCUAGUGUGCGCAAGGUCAUGCAGUACCUAGACGGUGCCCAAUCUGUUCCCGAUAUAUCUCCAACCUACACGAGCUACAGCAUGAUGGCUCUGAUGCAGAAUGAAGGGUUUGAUUCAUACAUCAUGUCCUGCUCUGCGUCGGCGACUAGUAGGGAAAAAAGUAUAUACCUUUAAUUGUUGAUGGAAAUACUUUGCCCCAAGCAUAUUGUAAUAUAUGUGUGGUGACGCUCCCUUAA